GCAGCAGCCGCCGGGAGCCGCGCGCGCAGAGGGAGCGGCGGCGCCUUCGCGCGGGGAAAUCUCGCGAGAGUUGGCGGCCGGCGACCCCUGACACCGCGACGACCCUUGACCCCGCGACCACCGCGGCGACCCCGGCCCAGGCCCCGCCCCCCGCCGUCAUGGCCGCCCCGCGGCUGCCGCUGCUCCUGGCCCUGGCGCCCCUGGCGUGCGCGCUGCUGACGUCGGAGGAGCCGGCCCCGCUUUUCCGGAACCUGCGCAUGGAGCCCGCCCUGCUGCGCCUGUCCUGGGACGGAUACGUCACUUCCGGUUCCCACGACGUCCUGUGCAAGAAGGGGGCGGAGUCGCCGGUGUGGGCCCCCGCCGGCGGCUCCUUCUGCCGGUUCUCGUCCCUGUCGCUGUGUCACGUGACCAACUUUUCCGUCUUCCUCUACCGCGACCCCCACCGCUCGGCCGCCUCCAUCUUGUUCCCCGAGUCAGACCCCGACCGCGCCUCGGCUGCCACGAACCUGAGCUGCUGGGUGCACGACGUGGACGUGAUGACGUGUCGCUGGGGGCGGGGCCCCGGGGCGCCCGAGCACUUGCAGUACCAGAUGUUCUGGCGGGGCGCCUCGCAAGGCCGGGACCGGGACCGCGAGUGCGCGCACUAUGACCUCACGGACCAGCGGGGUGCACGGCUGGGCUGCCGGGUGGACAGAGCCACAGGGGCGGAGCUUCCGGCUUACGUGACCGUGACGGUGACUGGUGGGGGCGGGGCUUCCUGCACGGACCUCUCCCUGGACCUGCAGCGCACAGAGGUCCUGACGCCGCCCGCGCUCACCGCCGCCUGCAACGGGACCGAGGCCGCGCAGCUGCACUGGGAGAUGCGGAGCCGCUUCCACCGCAGGUUCCGUUACGAGCUGCAGAUCAACAAGUCUUCGCACCUGGAGCCUGAGAUCGAGGAGACGUCCGAGAGUCACUUCCGGGUCGCGACCCCCGGCUCCGCCUCCUUCCGCGUCCGGGCGAAGCCGACAUCGUCGCCACGGUUCAGCGCCUGGAGCCGCUCGGUGCGGCUGGACUGCGACCCCGCCGCCGCUGGGACCGGGAACCGCGGGACCGUCAUGGCCACCGCUCUGGCCACGCUGGGGGCGGGGCUGACAGCACUGGGGACGCUGCUGCUGUGCCGGAGGCCGCUGAGGGCGAAGCUGUUUCCUCCUAUCCCGCGGGUGAAGGAGCCGGGGCAGCGCGGGGAGGAAGCAGAGGAGGCGGUAGCGUGGGCGGCAGCGGCCACACCCGAGGACCCGGAAGUGACACACGUUACGGACGCAUGAGGCCCCCCCCCCUGCCCAUCACUCACAGGCGCAAUAAAGCCCCAGGGGCUUCUGGGAAAAAUAAAGAAAAAAAACGGA